AUGUGUUUGGUCUUCAUUGCAAGUCAGAUCUCUCCUCUGGCUCGGUUCCCACCGUGGGGGUUUCCAGUUGCAGUCCUUGUGGCUUUUGCUGGCGUUUACUUUUUGCCAUCUCCUAUUGACCCAGAGCCGUUCAUUUUUGAAAAGCCACCUGCCUUAGUUGGAUCAUUGCAAGUGAAUAAAAAGAUUCAGAGCGGACGGAGAAUCUUCACAGGACAACUGAAAGGUCCUGAGUCUUUUACUGUUGAUGAUGAAGGUAAUAUCUACACUGGUACUGUGGAUGGGAAACUGUGGAUGAUCAGUGGUGACCAGCUGCAUUUCAUUACUCAGAUGGGGCAAGAUGUGCCUGAAUGUGGAACUCCAGACUAUGAACCAGUAUGUGGCCGGCCCCAUGGACUCCGAAUGGGUCAGGAUGGUAAUUUGAUUGUGGUGGAUUCCUAUUUAGGCCUGUACAGAGUCAAUCCAAGGACAGGAGAGAAAACCCUCCUGCUAUCAAGUGAAAAAGGUGUGGAUGGGCUGCCUUUCAAGUUCCUAAAUGGAUUAGAAAUAUCAAAGAAAAUUUAUUUUACGGAUUCAAGUAGCAAGUGGGAAAGACGACAUCACAAAUAUGAGGUAAUUGAGACAAACCAUCUUGGUCGCCUCUUGGCCUAUGACCCUGUAACAAGGACGGGAAGAACGAUGCUCAGCGGCUUGUACAUGGCAAAUGGGAUUGCACUAUCUCCCUGUGAAGAUUACAUACUAAUAGCAGAAACCAGCAUAUGCAGAAUCACACGCUAUUGGCUGAGUGGAACUAAUGCAGGAAAAAAAGAAGUUUUUGUGGACAACCUGCCUGGGUAUCCAGACAACAUCAGAUUAUCAAAUACAGACUUAUACAGAGUUGGAAUAUCUACUACUCGCUUUCCUAGUUUAUUUUCUCCUUUUCUGGAUGCUUUAGGACCAUACCCAUCCCUGAAGAGACUUAUUGCAAAGGUGACUCCGUUAUCAUUCUACAGCAUUUUUCUUCGCAAACAUGGCUUGUUCUUAGAGAUUAAUGACAAAGGAGAUAUUGUGGCAAGCUUCCAUGACCCUGAUGGCAGCAUCACUUGGGCUGUCAGUGAUGUCUUUGAGCAUGAUGGGAAGGUGUAUCUAGGUAACACAGAGCUGCCUUUUCUUGUGGUGCUACAGUAG